AUCUUGUAUGCGUCCGGACAGAGAACAGAGACAGACGCAUGCGUCACAAAAGGCUCUAGAACAACUUCCGAAAAAGGAAAGAUUAUCCGAAAGCGACAACCAGGUGCCUGAAUUUGGCCUGAAUACUAGGGGCGUGUGAUCAGUCCUCAGCAUGUGGCCUGCCUUUUUGUGUCGAUCAUUCGUUGCCGCAGUACGCAGCCGCAGUACCUUGAAAGCGCCGCAGCGUUUUGUCCUUGCAUGCGAACUCACCCCAAUUGAUGACUUUACCUCCAUCACCACUCAGUAGUCCCCAAUGAUCAUCUCAGAGAAGCAGCUCCAGGAUGACUAUACAGAGGUGGCAGAGGCCGGGAAAGAUCAAUCAGAAGCAGGGAACAACGCCAUGGAUGAUGCACCACCUCCAGCAUAUUCAAAACCUGUGCAACACACAUCAAGUUCACGUCCCACGGAGCUUCAGCCUCCUUCCAAGCCUACCAAUUUUCUUUCGCUUAUACUCAAGGAUAAAGCCAUACGAGGCUGUUAUGUCAUCGACCCUCUGAUGGAAAUACCCCCUAGUCUGCUUCCUCCAAUGAAUACUGGAGAAACAGAUCAGGAAAGAAAGAAUCUUUACCUUCGCACAAAGGAUGGGAGCAUCGAUGCUGAUAUUUGGUUGAUCGGUCAAGAAGAAGCUGCUCCUAGAAAUGGUAGCCGCACUACCCUCUCGCUAAGUUCCGACGAUGGAAGUAUCACAGCUAAAAUCAAUACAGUCAAGAUCGUUGCGUCAUUCCUGUUGGACGUCUAUUCACGCGAUGGACGAGUAACCGUCCUUCUACCUCGGUCGUUCCACGGUUUGCUUCUCUUGACUACCAGGCAAAGUGCAAAGCUUUCCGACGAUCUUCUGCAACAGAGCACUAUAUUAAGCACUGUGGGGCAUACGCGGCGAUAUUUUGUCGGUGACGUUUCGCAUCGGUUUGAUGGCAAUGAUUGGGAUGGGGAUGAGCUCAAAGUUGUGUCUCGGGAUGGCAGGAUUAUGAUCAGAUACAAAGAUGAGGCAGAGCUGCCAAAACUUGGUUUCUUCAGUCGAAUAUUCAGCAGCUAGAUUAAUGACGUACGAAUACUUAUAGGGGUUGGUUCAAAUUGGUCGGCAGAGGGCCAGAGGCCGCUGCUUACGGCUGCAGACC